GACUCACCGGAUUGUAGCGGCACACACCGGGAAAACGGCAGCUCCCACCUCCAGCACCUCCGACUCCACACACUGUGUCCUACUUCCUCACCUCCUCAGUACUAACCGGACCUCCCUCGCCGCUGACAUCCACGGGAAUAUCUCACUUGCGUUGAAGAGAGAGGAGCUCAGCUGAAGACGAAGCGCUCGUUCACAUUCUCCUGAUAUCUAUCUUCUUUUUCUUGUUCUUCUUCUACCUUCUCCCUGAUAUACUCGCCAUGUCUUGCGGUGAUGCGUCGGAUCAGAGUCGGCGGUUCUGCGUGUUGUCUUGGGAUCAGGUGCAGCGCUUGGACUCGAUCCUGGGGGAGGCGGUGCCCAUCCACGGCCGGGGAAACUUCCCCACUCUGUCGGUGCAACCGCGGCAGAUUGUCCAGGUGGUGCGGGCGAGGCUGGAAGAGAGGGGUGUGUGCGUUAAAGACGUGAGGCUGAACGGAUCCGCUGCCAGCCAUGUGCUCCAUCAGGACACUGGACUGGGCUAUAAGGACCUGGACCUGAUCUUCGCCGUGUCGCUGAAAGACGACCAGGCCUUCCGUCUGGUGAAGGACGUCGUGCUGGACUGCCUGUUUGACUUCUUGCCAGCCGGAGUCUCGAAGGAGCGCAUCUCGGCGCUGACCCUCAAAGAGGCCUAUGUACAGAAACUAGUGAAAGUCUGUAAUGACACGGACCGCUGGAGCCUCAUCUCGCUGUCCAACAACACGGGCAAAAAUGUGGAGCUAAAAUUUGUGGACUCUUUGCGGCGGCAGUUUGAAUUCAGCGUGGACUCCUUCCAGAUUUGCCUCGACUCUCUGCUGCUGUUUGACCGCUGCUCCGAGACGCCCAUGUCAGAGAGCUUCCACCCCACUGUGAUCGGCGAGAGUGUGUACGGGGACUUCAAGGAGGCCAUGGACCACCUGUGUCAGAGGACCAUAGCUACGCGCAGCCCGGAGGAAAUCCGAGGUGGCGGCUUAUUGAAGUACUGCCACCUGCUGGUGCGAGGGUUCACGCCCUCUUCGGAGGUGGACAUGAAGCACUUGCAGCGCUACAUGUGCUCGCGCUUCUUCAUUGACUUCUCCGACAUCGGAGAACAGCAGAGGAAACUGGAGGCCUACCUGCAGAACCACUUUUCUGGGAUGGAGCACAAACGGUACGAGUGCCUGAUGACUCUUCACCAAGUGGUGAACGAGAGCACCGUGUGUCUGAUGGGCCACGAGCGGCGCCAGACGCUCAGCCUCAUCUCCAUGCUGGCGCUGAAGGUGCUGGCUGAGCAGAACGCCAUCCCCACGGUAACGAAUGUCACGUGCUACUACCAGCCGGCUGCGUACGUGCAGGACAUCAACUUCAGUAAUUACUAUAUUGCACACGUGCAGUCGCCGCAGCUUUACCCGUGCAGUAACUCAUAUCGGACGUGGCUGCCCUGUAGCUGAACUGGCUGAAGGUGGACUGAAGACGAAUAAAGAAUUAAAAAAAGAAAAAAAUGAAACCCAUUCAUGCCAAAUGUGACUUGACUAAAACAAUCCUGUACUGCUGUACAUCUGAUUGAGCUGACAUUUUUCUCACUCGUAUUCUCUUGCAAAACAUCUGUGAGAUUGCUGGUCAUUUCUGAGAUGUAGAGAUGAUACCUUCUUUAGGUAUAAAGUAUCUUUAUGAAGCUUUAUGUGUAAAAAAAAAAAAAAUAUUAUGCGGAAACAAACCUUUUUAAGCUGGUGAUAUUUUCAUAGUCUGGCUUUAUUAUUAUUUUUCUUAUUUUAAAUGACAUAACUGGACCAAAGAUGUAUUUGUUGUUCAGAAAGGGAAUGCUGUUAUAAUUCCAAGUGCCUAAAAUGAACAAUGACAUGUUCUAAAACAUCUGUAAAGUGAGAACUCUGCAUUCAGUGUUUACUCGAGUACUCUGUCUCUCUUUUCAAGAACAGAAGCAUUCAUUUUUGUGAAAUUAAAAAUAAUGGAAACUACA